ACUCUAUUUCUCUCUGUUGCGAUCACUUUCAACUACGAAAAUUAAUUUCUAUAACACAUUUUGUCUGAUGCGUUAAAUACGUUAUAAUUUGAAUUGAAGCCUAUGUUAAAUAAUUGUCAGUACUGUUGUAAGAUUCCUAAUUUAGAGUUCUUCAAAAGUGAAUAAAAAUUGAUGGCAGCCACGUUAGAAGACGACACAUUUGUCUCAAGGCAAAUAAUUCUUGCCCAAUGUAAAAAUCUUGAAGGACAAGCGUUGACGCAUACAAUGAGAUAACGACUCCACUAUAUAUGUCCUGCAUAAUCUAACGAAACACUAGAAUCUUUAGCAGUUACUACAUUGUUAAUAAAAUUCUACAUGAGUACGUUUAUCAGUUUUUUCUCUGAUUAGAAAUUAUGAGGAUUGUUUCUACUUUCGUCUUACUCUUGGCUGUUAUCCUCAGUUCUAUUGAAUCAUCAAGGAGGCCAAGAAAUGAAUGGAUCCCAUCUUCUCCUGAAAAUCAUGAGGUUUUGACUGCACGUGAAAUAGAAAGCCUACUAAAUCAUUUGGAUUCUGCUGAAGAUUUACAUGGCGGGGAUUUUGGACACCAUACUUCUAUGCCUCCGACUCCACCAGAACAUACUAACCAGGAUCAUGAACUUGUACCAAGACCGCACAAUUUUAGUUCACAACUCGAGUGUUUACCAAAUUACGAACCUACUCCGUGUCUUCCUCGUUCCAUAACUUCUUGUUCUCCUGACAGGCAUCAUUCUCCGUGUUCUCUUGAAAGGUCUCCUCCUAUCGAGCCUGUUCUUCGUACCCGGUCUAGGUCUCAUGCUGCUAGGUCCAGAACUUCACCUUCUAGGACCAGGUAUCCUCCUGCCACAUCCAGUACUGUCAGACAUUCUUCUUUAUACGUACUUGGAUAUAGUCUUGAACAACUUGAAUUUAUGCGGUUUAUUCCGACCAACAAUCAGAACCGGCAGUUUGUAAUUCGAAGAUACACUUUUCCUCCCGAUAUACCAAUUUAUGUGAGAGGAAAAAAGAAUAUCCUUCAGUCUAUUCCAACCGAAGUACAACCUGUAUUAUCAUCGUCCAAUGGUGAGGUAUUUGCACUUAUAGUGGAGCGUACUAGAACACUUCGGGGAAUUUUCAUAAAAAGUAAAACUGGCGUUCAGAAACGGAUAAAAAUAAACAUGAACAGUGGCAAGAUUAAAGAAAUGACAAAAGUUGAAAUGCGCGAAACUCGAUGUGGCAACAAUUCCCCAAUCUCACAGAUUUUUAGAAUAGUAAAUGUACAACAUUAAUUUAAUUUAAAAAAUUUAAAGCUAAAAUAUAAUUUUAUUUUUGACCUGAAGGGUUUUUAUGCCAAUAUAGGUAAACCAUUAAUUAAAUUAAAAAGAAAGAAAUGUACGGCACUCGUCUCAGUUAACAGUCUCACUGAUUGAGCCGCUAACUUAUCUGGAAAAAAUUUAGAGAUGAAAAUAUAUUAAUAGUUAUAGGUACACUACCGAAAGAGAAAGAGAGAGUUUGAGUACAGUUCUUUUGAUCGUUUGAAAAUUGAUACUACAGUUCAAAGACGAAUAUCUGUGCAAAAUCUCGAGUUCGAUUCUUUGACAAAUCUAGAAAUACGAAAUCUUCCGACAGAGAUAAACU